AUGGAAUCUUCAUUUACAUCCUUUCGAAACAACAAAUUUAUGAAAUGUAAAGGCGACUUUGCCAGGUCAAUUUCGAUGUCGCAAGUAUGCCAUUUGGUUAACCGUUUCCCUCCAUCCUGCUGGUUCCAUUUAUCUGCUUUCUUGCUAUCACUGUUCAAGUAUGCCAGCGUCGAGUGGGUCUGGCGGUUGAAUGAUGCGGUCUAUACAUCUGAUACUUCUGACGGCAUAAGACGCAUUAACAUUCGUUCGAUGUUUUCUUUUCAAGAAUGUCUGCUCCCAAUGAGUCGCUGCCUGGUGGUGUGCUGUACUUUCUAUCUGUCUUGUGAAAGAGUUCACAUCUUUGCUGAUAGGUACAUGCACAUCUUUGAUAUUAUGCUGGCUUUUGUACAAUUCGUUGCUCUACAUGGAACACUGUUGAUGGCUUCAACCUUUUCAUUCUAUGCUCUCUCUGGAUCUCGCCUGGAAACAUCACUUUUAUAUUGCCCUAAAAACUGA